AUGGUUCAGAGAUUAACUUAUAGACGUCGACUGAGUUAUAACACCCGUAGCAAUCGGGUGAGAGCUACUAAAACGCCUGGUGGUAAAUUAACUUGGCUGUAUGAAAAGAAACCAGCUAAAGGUCCUCAUUGCGGCGAUUGUGGCACUAGACUCCCUGGGAUUCCUGCAUUGAGACCACGACAAUACGCUAAAAUUUCUAAACGUCAAAAAACAGUUCAAAGAGCUUACGGCGGUAGCCGUUGCGCAAAAUGUGUAAGGGAUCGCAUUGUUCGGGCGUUUUUGAUCGAAGAACAAAAGAUUGUUAAAAAAGUACUCAAAGCUCAGAGUAAACCUGGUGCCAAAAAAUAA